AUGGAUUCACCUGUUAAGUAUCUAUCCGCUUAUGGGUUGUUGUCAUCAAUUGCUCUAGGGUAUACGAUCUAUGAUGCUAGGAAUAAUUCCAAUAAUUAUUUCACUUUGUUAUUUAGAUUAACUGAAGGAUUUAAUUUAGGGGUAGUUUUUAAUACUAUAUUAUGUGGCUUCAUUAUGGUUGGUUUAUUCCUCCAAUAUUUAUUAUUUGGUGAGCUUAGGAACAUCGAAAAGACCCAUAUCUAUGAAAGGUUAGUACAAUUCAUCAUCAACUUGCUUCUUACUUUCACAGUCCAAGAUAAAAAUUUGAUGUUGAAGUGUUUUUUGUUCAUGACAAGUUUAUUGUCUAAAAUCCUCCAUUCGAUUCUUUUCGAUAGAAUCGAUCACAUUAACGUUACUAUAGCCAAUACAUUGAUUGAUGGUUCACACACUAAAUGGGAGGUAUCAUUGUUAUAUUUGAAAAGUAAGAUAUAUUAUAUCAAUAUCAUCUUCUUCUCCAUGGAUUUGUUAAUGGCUAAAUUCUUAUUUUUUGAUGUUUUCCAAGGUAUUAAUUCCGUUAUUUGUCUUUUAUUUGGUUUCGAAUUUGCUAUGUUGGGUUUGAAAUGUUUAACUACUCUCUGUCAAACCAUUUUAACUGUUUACGAACAAGUUGUCUAUCCUAACAACGAUGAAGAUUUUGAAUUUGAUUCUGAUGUGGAACUCAAUGAGGAUGGGGAAGAUGAACAAGAUGAAGAAGUUGAUUCUGAUAAUCUUGAACAAAUUCAUGAUAAAAUUUGGGAGUCUAAACCUAUAUAUAGUAAAGGGAUUGAUUUCAUCAGUGCUUGUUUAAGAUGUGUAUCGUAUCUUGGAUUCCUUUAUUUGUUGAUUUAUCAUAGUUCAAUGAUUUUACCUUUCAAUGUCAUUCAAGGUAUUAUUGGUAGUGCUGCUAAUGCUUUCAAUGAGUUCAAGCAAUUGAAACUUAUUAUGCAAAGUUUAUCGAAAUUAUCAACUCAUUUACCUGAUGCUACUGAAGAUGACUUAAGAAAUGGUAAUGAUACUUGUACAGUUUGUAGAGACAGAAUGAUUACUGCCAAACAAUUCGAAAGGAAGUAUAAAAAGAAAUUACCCAAUUCCAAAAAGGUCAAAGUCUUACCUUGUAAACAUAUGGUUCACUUAGAUUGUUUUAAACCUUGGUUCGAGACUCAUGGUAACUGUACGAUGUGUAGACAACCUGUUUUCCCAGAAGAUCAACCUAAUGUGUCGUCAUCUUCACCUCCUGAACCUCCCGUUGCUCCAAAUGGAAUCCAUCAUCCUCCACCUCCACUUCCACCUCCACCUUUAGGGCAACCUCCUUUGAACACUUUUGAAGAAACUUUAAGAAAUAUGAGAAAUAUGAGAGAAACAAGAAUCCCUGAAAGAAGAGAAAGAUUCAAUAUUGACGGAGAUCCCAAUAAUAUUGCCAACCCACCACCUAAUGAAACUCCAGUAAAUAACGAAACACCCCAAGAACGUCCCGAAAGUCCUCCAAUACCAGAGGCUGUAAGAGAAGAGGAUACUCAAACCUCUAAUGAACAAUCUUCCAAUCAAAACUCAAAUCAAAACUCAAGACCUCAAGAACAGCCAUCCAACACUGAUGGCUUUCACCACAUCAAUUUACCCACCACAGCUAUUAUCCCACCAGGAUCAACUAUUCUCCCAAUUUCCAGAGCAAUUAUACCCGGUUCUAACUAUGAGAUAAGAAUCAAUCAUCAUACUACCAUUAAUAUGGUCAUGAGAACAAGAGAACCAGGACGUGAACUCAACAUAAUUGACCCUAAUUUCCACCAAAAUCAAUCAAAUAGUGAGGAUUGA